AUGACAUAUCAUGCAUGACAUGUCAACUUCUGUUACCUAGAUAAUGUGUACCGAGGCAUUUUAUUGAGAAAAACAUUUUAUUCUAACCAUUUUCUCAACAUUAUUUUUGUGUUAUUUUUGUUUAUAAGCACAUUUAUGUAGAGCUACGUAUACGAUACUUUAUAUAUAUUUGUUCUAUUGCUAAUAUCUUACUAAAAAGUUAUAGCAAUGGAUCUAGAAGACAAUGCAUUGGGUUUGACCCAAGAACAAACUGAUAAAAUUCUACAGUUUCAAGAUUUAACAGGAAUCGAGGAUAUGUCAAUAUGCAGAGAUGUUUUGCAAAGACAUCAAUGGGACUUAGAGGUAGCAAUACAAGAACAGCUUAAUAUACGAGAAGGUCGACCUUCUGUAUUUGCGACGGAAGCAAGGGCGCCUCCAGUCGUACACGACCACAUAGCUCAGCAAGUAUUUACAGAUGAGACUCCAGAAGGUCCCAUAGGAGUGAGAGGACUACUCCGCUAUGUUGUCAACUUAGUUGUAUCAAUGUGUUAUAGUACAAUAUCGUCUGUAUUGAACUUGCUUUUAAGUUUUGUGAGAAAUGAUGAAAGAAGAUUGGUAACAGACCCACUCGGAGAUGUGAUGACUUUCAUAAACACCUAUACAUCAAGAUACAACCCACACCCUGUGUUCUAUCAGGGCACAUAUGCACAAGCACUAAACGAUGCUAAAAAUGAAUUGAGAUUUCUUAUUGUGUACCUCCACUCAGAAUCAGCUACAGAGACACAAAACUUUUGCAGGACAACACUCUCAGAUCCAGAAGUGAUCCAAUACAUAAAUACACAUGGUCUCUUUUGGGGAUGUUCUAUUGAUACAUCGGAAGGGUGGAGGGUUGCACAAUCGGUGGGAGGUCGAAGAUACCCACUACUGUGUGUGGUGUGCGUGCGUGAACAUCGCAUGACAGUGGUAGCACGGAGUGAGGGUGCCUGCGCACCGCAGCAGUUGUUAGUAAGACUGCAGAGGGUGGUCACAGAGAACGAACCUCAUCUCGCCGCUGCUCGGGCUGACAGAGUGGAGCGCGAGGUGACGGCGCGGCUGCGCGCGGCGCAGGACGAGGCGUACGCGGAGUCGCUCGCCGCCGACCAGGAGAAGGAGCGGCGCCGCGCCGCCGACCGCGCCGCGCGCGACCAGCUGCAGCGCGACACGCUGCACCGCCAGCUGCAGGAGGAGCAGCGCCGCCUGCAGGUAAUAGCAGCUCGGGAAGAAAUGGCAUCUAAUUUGCCAGUCGAACCGUUGCCUGGUGCUGAUGUCGUUGUUUUACUCAUACGACUCCCUGGAGGAGAAAGACUCACUCGGCGUUUUCUUUUCUCUCACACCACACAGGAUUUGUACGAUUUCGUGUUCAGUAACUCACAAGCUCCAGAAGAAUUUGAAAUCACGACCAAUUUUCCAAAACGUAUCAUAACUCGAGGUACAUCAAACUUAAAAGACGUCGGUCUCAAAGACCGCGAUGUGCUUUUUGUCAAUGAUAUUAACGCAUAGACAUUUUAAUUAAUAUGCUAUUGGUAUCUAAUUUACAGAAAUGUUAAUGAGUUGUAGACAACAUAAAUAUGAAGUCAUCAUAAAUUAAUGUCUGUUUAUGAAAAUAUGUUCUAUAAGUUACUUAUAAGUCUGUAUAGUGUAAGUUGAUUCAUUAAAGAAUACUGAUGGAUUGAGAUGCGAUUACAAAAUUAGUUGUUUAUUAAAAUCUUAUGCAUAUUAGGAGCGUAAAA